AUGGGAUUAUCAAUCGAUAUGAUAAAAGAAUCUGACACUGGCUUCCAUGGCAUUAUCCCAACCCGACUCGCUUAUCCCCUCGGAAAAAUUUCAUUGGAUGUUGUCUUCGGCACACCCAGCAAUUUCGGGAAGGAGAAGCUCGAGUUUGAGGUAGUGGAUUGGGAAUCACAGUACCACGCCAUCCUCGGCAGGCCAGCAUUCGCCAAGUUCAUGGUAGUACCUAAUUUUGCAUAUUUGAAGUUGAAGAUGCCAGGCAAUAAUGGGACAUCAAUAACUGUUCACGGGAGUUUUCCUCGUUCUGAUAACUGCGAUAGAAAUUUACAAAAGAUCACGUCAAAGUUUGGAGUCAGGGAAGAACUUAAUGCAGUUGACAUGGUCACCGAUCAUACAUAG